AUGGUGUCGAAUGAUGUCUCCAGGUGUGACCCUCCAUCCAACUUCGUAAUCUGUGGCCUGCGCGGGUUCCGUGGACGUGACAUCAGCCUGAACAAUUCAGAACUGAAUUCUCAGUUGAACUCUGGUAUUUCUCUUAUCGGUCUUCUAAUAAUAUUGUACGAGAAGAUUUUCUACGAGAAGAUUUUCUACGAGAAGAUUUUCUACGAGAAGAUUUUCUACGAGAAGAUUUUCUACGAUAUGGUUUUCGAUGAUCUUAUGAUGAUCUAUGAUACCCUUUUCUACACCGGACGCAACACCCCCAAGUCUCAAAGCUACUGCAGGACGGCCGGUCCCGUGAAGCGAUCAAGAACCAAGAUCAAGCAACCAAAGGUUCAACCAGUGGACCCUUCGACCACCAACGCGCAGACAACGGGCGUCCCACAGGCGCUACAGCCCGUCCUAUUGGCGCCGUGA